UUGACUCAGCCUCAAAUUAGUACCUGGUGCGUUGUGUAAACAUCCGCCACUGGGGAGACAAAGGCGGCCGGGCGUGGUGCUUGCCACCCACCCCCAUGCGCGUACUGCUCCGGCCUUCAUAGGCGCUACUCGCGAACAGCACUUGCUCCUACAGUCUGUUAACGCUAUACGGGGGUGGGUGCAUCUUUGUCUUUGUAUGCGUGCCUCUAGGUGUUAGCGAUGUGAGCGAGGGCCACCGCCAUGCCGGGGAUCGUGGUGUUUCGACGGCGUUGGUCGGUUGGAAGCGACGACCUCGUUCUUCCGGGGAUCUUCCUCUUCCUCCUGCACGCCGUGUGGCUCGUGGUGCUGUGCGUGGUGCUGUUCGGCGUCCACUUCGACGCGGGCAAGCUAUGCUCGCCCACGCUCGUCGACCAUGGCAAGGGCUACCUGGGCAUCCUGCUGGCGUGCACCGUCGCCGAGGCGGCCAUGGUGUGGAUGAGCAUGCGGGGCAGCAUACUGUACACCGAGCCGCGGAGAUUCAUGCAGCACAUCAUCUACAUCCGACUGGCAAUUCUCGUUGUGGAAUUUGUCUACUCCAUCGUCGGCGUGGUGUGGAUACUCACGUACUACUUUUCCUGCGACGACACCGUGGCGCGCAGCGUCACCGCCGGGAUCGUGACGUGCAACUGGUUUGUGAUCAUCGGAGUGUGCAUCACGCUCACCUGCGUCUUCGACAGCACCGGCAGGACUUUCGUCAAGCUGCAGGCCAGGAAGAGCCGGCAGCGGUCUCUCACGACCUUUAACCUCCGGCAUCGGAUGGAGGAGGGCCUCACAAACAACUGGGCGCAGAGGCUCAAGCUGUUUAUGUGCUGUGCCAGAACCAAGGACACGCAGACCGACGCCUACUCCGAGGUGGCCGUGCUGAUGGCCGAGUUUUUCCGGGACUUGGACAUCGUUCCGUCGGACAUCAUCGCCGGCUUGGUGCUCAUGCGGCAGCAGCAAAGGGCUCGGAGAAACGCGGUGCUGGAUGAGGCAAACAAUGACAUCCUGGCCUUCUUGUCUGGAAUUCCCAUCGCACGGAAGACUGAGUAUCUGGACCUCAAAAAUUCUAAUGUCAUGAGCAUGUACAAGGACGUGUGCUACUACAUGCACUACGCGCUGGCUGCGUAUGGGUGGCCCAUGUACCUCAUCAGGAAGCCGGCUUGCGGACUCUGCAAGCUCAUGGCCAACUUUUCGUGCUGCUGCCUGGGCUACUGCGUGCGGAGGCACCGAUUCUCUCCCAGCCUCACGGUGCAGGACGACAACUGCUGCCAGUGCAACGUGGCCGCGAUCCGCCGCCACUUCCUGGAUGAGGGCCUCUCGGGGGUGGAGAUCGUCUUCGCCUCCAUCCACGACGCGGUCUACGAGACGCCCUUCUACGUGGCCGUGGAUCACGACAAGAAGCGCGUUGUCGUGAGCGUGCGGGGGACGCUCUCGCUCAAGGAUGCUCUCACGGACCUGACAGGCGACGCUGAACCCUUGCCGGUGGAAGGACAUCCUGGCACGUGGCUCGGGCACAAGGGAAUGGUUUUCUCUGCCAAGUACGUUAAGAAGAAGCUUGAAGAGGAGAUGAUUCUAUCCCAGGCCUUCGGACGAGACCUGGGCCGAGGCACGAAGCACUACCACCUGGUCAUCGUGGGCCACUCCCUCGGGGCGGGAACCGCUGCCAUCUUGUCCUUCAUGCUCCGCCCGCAGUACCCCACGCUCAAGUGCUACGCCUAUUCUCCCCCGGGAGGCCUUCUCAGUGAAGCAGCGAUGGAAGAGUCCAAGACCUUCGUCACGUCCGUCAUUCUGGGAAAAGAUCUGGUCCCGAGGAUUGGGUUGCCCCAGCUGGAGACGUUUCGCAGGCAGCUGUUGGACGUGCUGACGAGGACCAACAGGCCCAAGUGGAGGAUCAUCGUGGGGGGCACCAAAUGCCUGCGGAAGUCGGAGCUCCUCACCGAGGCGGAGGCAAACCACAUGGUGAACAACAAGCUGGGCAGCUUCCACAGCGACAUGUCGCUCACGCCGUGCUCCUCCAUCCCGCUGUACCCGCCGGGGAACAUCGUCCACGUGGUGCACAACCACCCGCCUGACACCUGCUGCUGGAAACAGGAGGAGCCCACGUACCACGCGCUGUGGGCUGACAACAAGAGCUUCCACGAGGUGGUGAUCUCCCCGGCCAUGCUGCACGAGCACCUGGCCCACGUGGUCAUGGACGGCAUGCACAAGGUGCUGGAGAACUACAACAAGGGCAAGACGGCGCUGCUGGGAGCCGCCAAGAUCAUGGUGAGCCCCACCAUGGACCUGGACCCCAAUGCCUGCCUCGUGCAGAACAACACGGCGGAGCGCAAGAGCGAUCUCAGCCUCAGGAGCAACAAGGAGUCGGAGCUGUCGUGGGAGUACACGCACCCGGCGGAGCGCGAGGUGGGAUCGGGUCGCGCCGCCGCCGCCGCCGUCGAUCAGCUGCUGAGGGACACGCGCGAACAGCUCGUCGCGGAGCUCAACGAGCGGCGGGCGCCGCUCGCCACCGUCGAGAGCCUCUCGGACAACGACUCCAUCGGCAGCUUCGACUCGCGGCGCUCCUCCGGCUUCCGCAGCGUGCGCAGCUCGCCCAGCCUGCGCGUGGUGAUGGAGCGCGACGAGCCGCCCUGCUACUACGUCGACCCCGUGAUCCCCGAGGAGAACCCCUCGCUGAGCUCGCGCAGCGAGGCCGCGCCCCACGACGCCGUCUCGAGAAAGUCUCCGGAGGCCCUGGGGGGCGGCUACGACGACGACUACGACGGCGGCGACGAAGAAGGCGGCGGGGGGACGGGCGCGGCGAGGGACUCGUCUGACGGCGGCGACCGGCGGCGGCCGGUGCCGGUCAACGUGCAGCCCCCCAAGGGGGGCGUGGAGGCGCUGAAGGGGGACCUGGUGAGCGGCCUCGCGAACGAGAACGGCAAAGUGAACUGCGCGCCGUGCUCGCGCAGCAGCGAGCGCGUGUGCGCGCCCAGCCCGGACGUGCGGCAGUUCUCGGAUUUUAUCGACAGCGUGUUCAACUUGGACAACCGCAGCAGCUCCUUCCAGGACACGUACCGGCUGGCGUUCGAGGACAGCCUGGACGAGCUGAAGGAAAUGGUGAAGUCCGUGAGCGAGCGGGAGAUAAGCGAAUGCGGCAAGGUCAAAACGAAGAGCACCGGCAGCCAGGCGGCCUCCUCGGAGGCCAUCACGACGUCGGGCAUCUCCGUGUCACAGUCGGGCCCGAUGAGUCCGUCCAGCGAGGCCUGCACGACGAGCUCCACGCUUUUGGCAAGCCACGAGCAUCUCAUCGCCACCAAACCGGGCAACUGUCACCGGGACAGUGAGCCGGUAGACUGCUACGUCUCCACCAUCUAGAGGUCCUCUUGACGUUUUUCACUCGCUCGCCGCAGUGUAAACGGAGCGAGCCAAGUCGGGAAAAUAAACCGCCAUGGGAAAGGAUAGCCCCGGGGAGACUUAGCAAAAUUGGCGAAUAGGGCACGGGAGGAGGGGCGGUGAUAGUCUUUGGUUAAACUCAGACUCAUUGCGGUUGUUCGUGUAGGCGGUGUAGACGUGCCCCGGGUAAGGUGGGCGUGCGCUUUCAGCAAAGCGGAGGUGCUCGGCUUUGACCCGAAGCUUCGUUGAGACGAGGCGCGAAGUCGCCGCUCGGGUCGAGCUGGGGGUCGUGCAAAGCGUGGCGCCGUGAUGCGAUCUUGAUUGGGUGAACGUCUGCACCCCGAGCGUGCGGCCUAGCCUCGACCUGACCCUUUUGCAGCCUUUGGACACAGAAUUGAAUUGAAAUGCAUUUUCGCUCGGGA